ACUAGUUCUUUCGUUUCUCCGUCCUUAUCACCCUUCGUUUUUUCACUGGCUGCCUGCAUAUCAAUCCCCAAAGCCAAGCGGAUAUCGGAAACUCUGCAUCAUCUCUUCACCCCCCACAGCCCACCAGCAUGAGCUUAACCAAUCCCGGCAAUGUCGAAGAACACCCAUGGAGCACCGGUCUCUGUGACUGCUGCGGCGACAUCAAAAGCUGUAACAAGAAAUCUGUUUAUAUUGCCAGCUUCUUCUUCUUUCUCUUUCUUUCUCUUCCACGAAUCAAGGAAAAAAUCCAGGCAACUCCAUUCCAUGUUGCUUGCAGGCUGCAUCACCUUCUGGUGCCCAUGCAUUACCUUCGGACAAAUAUCGGAGAUCCUGGACAAAGGGGCGACAUCUUGCUGCGCGAACUGUGCAACCUUCACCCUGAUCCACUUGCUGACUUCAGUCGCAUUCGCCUAUCCAUGCACAUGCUUCUAUUCAUACCCCUACCGAGCCAGACUGAGACGAGAGUUCGAGUUGAAGGAAUAUCCGUGCAAUGACUGCUUAGUCCACUUCUGUUGCAUGUCCUGCGCGCUUUGUCAAGAGUACCGAGAGCUCAAGAGCCGCGGAUUCAACGUGGAGAAGGGAUGGGCAGGAAACGCGAGCCAACAUGGAGAAGUGGCAAUGGCUCCAAAGGUGGAAGGCGGCAUGAGGCGCUAGAAUCCCGUGCUUGAUUUAAGGGCAACAUGUUAUUUCGACCAAGAGUAUAAUUCUCUUUCCUCUACUAGGUUAUGCAAGUGAACUUGUUUCUCAUAUGUCAUGUAUUAUUCUUAUUCUGUGUGAUAUGUAAAGUCGGAGCUCAGCUCCUGAUUGUAUUAUCGAGUUUGAUUAAGAAUGUACAAUAAGA